AACCAAUCAACUUCGGUAUACAUAAGCAAUCGCCACGAUCAAGAAUUUUGCUUACUGACACUAGGCCUCAAUAUUUGGAAAGCAACCACAACAGAAACGUAUAAAGGCCGAAUGAUAUCGAGGUACCAUGAUUACCCAUUUCCUUAGAUCCCCUCAAUAUUUCUCACCAUGUCCAAGAAAAACGAUGAUCGCAAAAACGUUGUCAUAGUCGGAGGCGGCUGGGCUGGUCACCUCCUCGCCAAAGCCCUCUCCGCCAAACUCGACCCGUCAAGAUAUAACCUGAUUUUGGUCACUGCCCGCGAAUCCUUCAUCCAUCUGAUUGCUGCCGCUCGCAUGGUAGUUACCUCUGAAGGAGAUCUCGAGAACCAAGCUAUCAUUCCGUACGACCGCUUGUUUGUUAAUGGGAACGGCACUCAUGUCGUUGGUGCUGUGACUGCCAUCGACGAGGUUGCUCCAGGAAAGGGAGGCAAUGUUGUCUUGAAUAAUGGCGAAAAGAUACACUACGACGUCCUCGCGUUGGCUACCGGUUCUACCUGGCCGGGGCCUAUAAACUUCCCUGACUCGGAUGCCGACGCAAUUGCGUCCAUCAAGGACUGGCGAAACAAGAUCGCCAAUGCAAAGCAUGUGGUCAUUGUUGGCGGAGGGCCUGUCGGUAUCGAAACUGCUGGCGAAAUCAAGGAUGCUUAUCCGGAUAAGAAAGUAACACUCGUGCAUUCGGAGAAGCAGCUCGUCACCGAUACAUACCCAGACAGAUGGCGCCAAGACAUCGAAUGGCGGGUGCGCAAGCGCGGUAUUGACUUGAUUCUGGAUGAUAGGAUCGACUCAUUCCCAGCUCCAGGAACCAUUGGUGUCACUACUCAUAACGGCAAAGAAUUGCCAGACGCGGAGCUCGUCAUUCCCUCAUACGGCCCUAGACCAAACACGGCAUACAUCGCCUCGCUGGAUCCUAGCGUCCUAACAGAGCAGGGUUUCGUCAAGGUCAAUCCAACUUUAGAGAUUGUCAAUCACCCAGGUGUAUUCGCGCUUGGAGAUAUUAUUGACUGGCGCGAGCAAAAGCAAGCCGCAAAGGCUGGCAAUGGUCAUGUUCCCGUCGUUGCUACCAACAUACAGGGCUACAUCGCUGGUCAGCCAUUGAACAAGAUCUACAAGGGAAGUCCAGAAAUGAUCUUGGUUCCUCUUGGAAGGAGCGGGGGCUCAGGUUAUAUUGGCCUUCUUUGGGGUAUCGUCGUGGGCGAUUGGGUGACGAGAUGGUUGAAGGGCAAGACACUUAUGGUACCCGCGGUUAGAAAACAGUUCGGAUUAUCGUAGACAUUUGCCAUUUUUCGUAUUGCUUGUUCUUUAUGCUCACCUACCAGUAGUAUACACUAUCGUGUUCAUGAUUGUGGUUCAAUCCGUUAGCACUCCUCAAUUUCGAGCGAGAAAGGUUCAAAAGGUUCAAGGUGUUUGGAUGAGUGCUCCUGUUGAGGCUGGCGUCGAUGAAAGUUAGUGACCGCGUAAAAAGAGGUUUGCAGACUAUGAAAAAUAGUGCAUCGGCCGUAUCGUAUUAGAAAUAAACAAGGAUGUCCACA